AUGCACAAAAAAAAUGUCCGUCUUAUCAUGGAGGAGGAGAUGGAGUUAACCGCGAUCGAAAUUGGUCGGUCUUUACCUGAGUUCCAGGAGGAAGUCGCUGGCAUUGUCCCCAAUAUUGGGGGCAAAUGUUUCGAUAUAACCUUACGCACAACCGACGCUGCCACAUGCUUGGCCAUGUCUGGCUUUGAUUAUGGAGCCGAAAGGAAACCCCUAAAAUUACUUGGGGCGAAAACUAUCCACGUCUCAGUGUUUGUCGCUGUGGAAUUUUGCGAUCAAGAGAUUGUCAAAUUUUUAAAACAGUAUGGACAUCUCCGGCGCCUCUGCUAUACAGAAGACGGGUUCACUUCUAUUGAGCGCGGUAUCCUUGUCGCAGAAUUUAUAUCACUUGAGAAAGAUCUGCCUCGGAAGGUUGUGACCCAAGGUUUGGAAAUAUUUUUU